AUGGAUGAAGAAUCACAGAAUGAUCAUGAUCAACAACAUCGGCCUCUCCUCCGGCGACGUUCGUCGCCGGAGACAGAUCGGAAGAGCCUUAUUCAAAAGGCCAUUAGCUUAACAUUUCAAAGCACAGCCAAUUUGGCCAAUCUCCUUCCCACAGGGACAGUGUUUGCAUUCCAUCUUCUAUCUCCAAUCUUCAGUAACGAAGGUGAGUGUGAUGACGCCAGUCGGUACAUGACAGCAGGUCUUGUGAUCAUUUGUGGUCUUUCAUGCUUUCUAUCAUGCUUUACUGAUAGCUUCAGGGAUGAUAAAGGGGAAGUUCAUUAUGGAAUAGCAACCUUUAAAGGAUUAUGGAUCAUCGAUGGGUCUGUCACCAUUCCUCCUGAACAAGCUUCAGAAUUUCGGAUUAAGUUUAUUGAUUUCUUGCAUGCUUUCAUGUCAACUCUGGUUUUUGCAGCAAUCGCACUGUUCGAUCAGAAUGUGGUGAAUUGUUUCUACCCAAAACCAUCUGAAGAGACAAUGGAAGUCCUCACAGCAUUGCCUGUUGGGAUCGGUGUGCUUGGCAGUGCAUUUUUCGUUUCAUUCCCUACCACUCGUCAUGGAAUUGGAUACCCUCUCUCUUCGCGCUAA